CGCGCUUCUGGCCCCUACACGGGCUGCACGUGUAGUUGUUGUGGCUGCGCCUCACGUGGCCGCGGAAGUGCCGAGACCGCACGGCCCCGCCUCCAAGAUGGCGGCGCCCAGGCGUGCGGCGGAGACCCGGCCUUGCUGACUCUCAUUCCAGCCUCGACGGCGUCUGUGGGCUAUGGACCAGCCUGGGUUCGUGGCUUCACUGGUGGCUGGUGGAGUAGCAGGUGUCUCCGUCGACUUGAUCUUAUUUCCUCUGGAUACCAUUAAAACCAGGCUGCAGAGUCCCCAAGGAUUUAAUAAGGCUGGUGGUUUUCGGGGAAUAUACGCUGGGGUUCCUUCUACUGCUAUUGGAUCCUUUCCUAAUGCUGCUGCCUUUUUUAUCACCUAUGAAUAUGUGAAAUGGUUUUUGCACAAUGAUUCAUCUUCAUACCUGAUACCUGUAAAGCAUAUGUUGGCUGCCUCUGCUGGAGAAGUGGUUGCCUGCCUGAUUCGAGUUCCUUCUGAAGUGGUUAAGCAGAGGGCACAGGUAUCUUCUGCUUCGAGAACAUUUCAGAUUUUCUCUAACAUCUUAUAUCAAGAGGGCGUCCAAGGACUGUACCGAGGCUACAAAAGCACAGUUUUGAGAGAGAUUCCUUUCUCAUUGGUCCAGUUUCCCUUAUGGGAGUCCUUAAAAGCCCUCUGGUCCUGGAGGCAAGAUCAUGUGGUGGAUUCUUGGCAGUCAGCAGUCUGUGGAGCUUUCGCAGGUGGAUUUGCGGCUGCAGUCACCACACCUCUGGAUGUGGCAAAAACAAGAAUCAUGUUGGCGAAGGCUGGCUCCAGCACUGCUACUGGGAACGUCUUCUCUGCCCUGCACGGGGUCUGGCAGGCACAGGGGCUCUCAGGACUAUUUGCAGGUGUCCUCCCUCGAAUGGCAGCAAUCAGUCUGGGAGGGUUCAUCUUUCUCGGUGCUUAUGACCAGACUCGCAGCUUGCUGUUGGGACUUGGCAAAGAGAGCCCCGCAGUCUGAGGUAGCCUCACCUCUGCUCUGGAGAAAGGGGACCGUCUCCCUUCCGGCGAGCCGCUGUUCAGCCGACUGAGCAAGUCAGAGCGCUGAAGAGCCGUUCUGCUGAGAUGACGACGUUGCGACAGCCUUGCUGCUGCCUGUUGCCAGACAGAGCGCCUGCAGCGUCCAUGGUGGUACUGUGAACAGCUUUCUCAGAACCCCUUAAUAAAUAAGUUUGGGGAGGCCCCUCAAUUUG